AUGAAACCUUAUUCUUUAACUACGUAUAUCCUAGUUCUGGUUCUGACUCAGCAAUCGGAAUCUCUGCUGUGGCCAGCCUCUUCUAACUUGGGUCUGACGUUAUCAGUGUCCACACCCAUUGCUGAACUCUAUCCGGAACGUCGAAUUCUGAUCGAUUGGUGCUUCGCCAUCUCCUACAACUAUCCCUAUAACUUGACGGAGUUCUAUAGCAUACCCAUCUGGCCAGGAUUUGCCAACUACAAAGCGAAACGCGAAGUUCCCCAACUGGAACUGACUGAUGGGAACUUCUAUACCAAAUAUGGACAUGACAAGGACAGUGGUAUGCAUCCCAAGGACUUUUCGGCUGGACAACUCUACGGUUUCCUUGAGGAUACUUUGGCGGGAUAUGGAUUCCAUGAGACGUGCUUGCUGAGAAGUGUUUGCGAAUUAGCACAGCACCCCUUCGAUGACAACCAUCAGCACUUGCUGAGCGACAUAGUGACCUUUGUUUUGAGCCCCUCACAACACGAAGGCUUUCGGGAUGACGAAGACGUGUACAGAAAUGCCUACGAACUGGCCGAGCAAGAUGGUUUCCUGGGUCGAGAUUGCUUGAGAUUAUACUCGCACUGCAAACACGAUCUGUUACAGCUCAUGAGUCAAGUUAUAUUUCACUAG